AUGGGGCUCUAUAUUCCCAACGAGAUUCUACAACGCAUUAUGCGUUAUUUCGUCUCCAAGGAGCCUCGCAGGCUUGGGGCAUCAGAAGACGCGGAUUAUGGAUGUUUUGAUCCCUCCCUACGCCCCACAGAUUUGUAUUCACUUUGUCUAGUCAGCCGGCGAUUUUGCGAUAUUGCUCAGCCUCUACUUUACCAUACCAUCAACAUUACUGAUGAGACAAUCGACAUUGACGGCUCAGAGCAGCACUUAAAGUGGCCUGGCCAUUUGCUGAGAACAUUGGCUGAAAAUCCGCACCUUGCGAAGCGCAUACGUGUCCUCGCCCUACGAAGUUACACACCCGGCGCUGUAUGGUCGACCGACUUCCCUUGGGACGUUCCACAAUCUCUGCGAUGCGUUCUAGAAGAUGAGAUCCAAAGGCCCGACCCCCAUGCAGUAUCCAUUGCAAUUCUAUUUUACGCAACUAUGCUUGAGAAGGUCAUACUUUCCUCAAACGAUCCCGAUGGUAUUCACAUUUUUUGGGUUAUAUCAUCAUGGUUACCAUAUGGAAACCCACCAUAUGGUUCUGCCGAAAUCGGCUCGAAUCUCAGUCCAGAGCUUGGCCCUUUCGCCAAUCACGGACAUCCUCGACUGAAAGAGAUCCGCUUAGAUGGUUUUAGUGAAGACUGUAUCCCGCUUGAUCGGGUCUUCGUGGAUAUUAUGAAAAAACCAGGACUUUCCACCCUUUGUACAAAUGGUGGAUGGUGGUGUCCAGAUUUCUUCAACCCUCCAACGCUCCCUGCAGGCGUGCUAUCUGAUGAUUGGCCCUCCAGUUUAAAGGUCUUAAAGCUUGAAAAUUGUGUCUUAGACGGCUAUGGUUUUUCAUAUAUCCUUGAAAAUUGCCCUAGGCUCAACAUUCUCAAGAUUCAUUUGGCCAAGUCGAAGUGGAUACUACAAGACGGCUUCUCUUGGACUCUUGAUCUCAACCAAAUCGGGCAAACUCUACGAGGCCAUGGGAGCAACUUGACCUAUCUAUCGUUUCAGACCUUCCAAUUUAAGCUAUCGCUUGAACCAAUUGGCAGAAUUGGGUCUCUACGUGCUUUGACGAGCCUUCUCCAUCUACGCUUCUCUAGAAAUGACUUGAUUGUUUCUCAAGAAUGGGUUGAACCACAGAAGCAGAAUAUCUUACCUUUAGAGAGUAUUCUACCCUCAUCAAUUGUUACAGUUAAUAUCUGUUACUUGGAAGAUGGUAUUGCACUGUCACCGCCAAGUAGUGUGGUAUUUGCAGAGAUAGAGAGUCUUCUGGCUAGUGGACGAUUACAGUCUCUUGAACGAGUUGAAGUUCUAAGAUAUAUAUAUGAUUCUCCGGAUGAACUAGUCUUAUUCCGAACUGAGAUACCUGAUUGGUCCAUUGAUUCCGAGAGAAAGCCGUCCAAGAUUCAGAAUGGUGUUUUUGAGCGCAUGUGUAUCACCAGGGUUAGGGGUCCAAAAAGUUAUUCGUUCAACAACUUUGCGGGAUUAAGAAGCGAAUCAUGA